GGAUCCACGCUGCUAAUUACUGCUUUGAGAAAUGGUGACGUUUUUUCAGCAAACUUUCUUUUGGAAGAAAAGUGUCUUUUAGACUACACUAACCCAUCAUCAGAUACUGCAUUACAUGUUAUAUGUAAUUACGUUGGAAAUCACGACAAUUUUGCGGAAAUAAUAAACGUUGGAGUGAAUAUUUUACAAAGGAAUCCAAAUGUAAUAUCCAAAACAUAAAAGGAGAAACACCAUUGCAUAUAGCGAUUGUCAAACAAAAUUUAGAAAUGGUAAAUCAUUUACUUAAAGCUCCACAUAUUGAUAUUAAUUUGCGCACUUUGGAUGAAAAGUGUGCUUUAGAACUGAGUUUACUAUUGGGAGAUCAAGAGUUUAAAAUAGCCUCAAUGCUUUUAAGUAUGGGCGCACAGCCAAAUCCUAUAAAGUCAAAAACUGGAGAUAACCUUAUACAAUUUUUUGCAAUGGACGAAGAUCUAGGGGAGCAAGCAGCUAUUUUUUUGGCUGAUUUUGCCGAUCUUGACCAUAUGAACUUGGGAGGGCUAACAGCCUUACAUAUUGCAGCGUUAAAAAAUAUGCCAAACCUAGUGAGAAAGUUAAUGGCUAAUGGUGCUUCGUGCAAUUUACAAUCCAUCGAGAGUGGUUUAAAAUCAGUUUUGCAUGUGGCAGUUGAAGCUAAUUCCGUUCAUGCCUUAGAAGCUUUUGUUCAGACAAAAAACAAAGUCCACGAUGCUAUCGAUUUUGAUUGCAAAGAUAUUAAUGGUAACUCACCGUUAAGCCUAUGCUUAGCUCUUAAUAGAACUGCAAUGGUACCAAUUCUCAUUCGAGGCGGCUCAAAUGUAAAUGCAAGAAAUAAGGACAACUUAACACUUUUGCAUCAAUCAAUUAAGAAUGGAGACAGUGAUACAUCAAUAUUUUUACUAGAGCAAGGUGCAGAUUUUACUGCUGUUACAGAUGAUCAGGUUUCUGCAUUGGAGUUGUCGAUCGAGUACGAUCUACCUAGAGUCGUGGAUGCCCUUUGCACAAGAGGAUUUCCACUAAGAUCCGAUAAAAAUGGAGCUUCACCAUUAUGGACAGCUUUGGAGCUUGGGCGCGAGGAUGUGGCACGGGUGCUUGUGCGACAUGGUGUUGACACAGACUGCUGGGACAACGGACCUGAGGGAUGCCAACAAACACUUUUACAUCGUGCAAUUGAUGAAAACAGAGAAUCAAUUGCUAUAUUUCUUAUUCGAAGUAAAUGCGAUUUAGACUCUCCCAAACAGCCAGGCCCCAAUGGGGAGGGUGGAGAUGAGGCUCUGGAAAAAGCUUCCCCGCUACAUUUAUGUUGUCAGUGGGGCUUAACCAAAGUUAUGCAGACACUUAUUGAUCAUGGUGCUAAUGUCAACGUAAUGAACGCUGAAAACAAGUCCCCACUUCAUGUAGCUAUUGAAAACCAACAUGAAGAAAUAAUAUCCGUUCUUCUUUGUCACCCUACUAUAGAACUAAAGCAUCGUGAUAGGUCCGGAAAUACGCCUUUUGCAGCCGCCUUAGGCAUUCGUAAUCACAAGGCCGCCCUACGCAUUUUAGAUAGAUUUCCUUCCGCUGCCGAGCAAAUUGACCAGCGCGGCAGAAAUUUUUUGCAUUUAGCAAUUAUGAAAGACGAUUUAGAAAGUGUUUUGUUUUUGAUAGCUAUUCAGGUAGAUGUAAAUUCUCGAGUGCAUGAUGUAAAUCAAUCUACCCCCUUGCACCUUGCGGCUGCGUCUAAUAAUGAAAUGAUUACCAGAAAUCUGAUUUUAGCUGGUGCACGUAUGAAUGAACGGGAUUCUGUCCAAAAAUUGCCCCUACAUAUCGCCAUUGAACGCGGAAAUCUUCCUGCAGUAUCUGCUUUGAUUCAAAACAAUGCCGACUACGACGCAACAGAUGCUGACGGCAAUAAUGCUUUACACAUUGCUGUUCGAUGCGGUCAGUUUCUCAUUGUACGUGAACUAUUAACAGAAUCAAGAGUAAACGCAGAAGCAACAAAUUUAAAAGGUCGAAAUCCAAUGCAUGAGUUGUGUCGUAUUGUGGAGGAUAAUACAGCCGCACUUAUUUGCGAACUUUUUCUGGAAUGUAUGCCAAACUAUCCAAUUGAUGUUCCUGACAUGGACGGAAAUACUCCACUUCUUCUUUCCUUUAUGCGAGGUCAGUCGCCACUUUGUAAAAUACUUGUGAAAGCAGGGGCGUGCCUUGGUACUGAGAACAGAGAAGGAGUAAAUAUAUUUAAUUUCAAGCUAGCGACAGAUCAAUUACUUCACAAAUUGUUGGACAUAUUGCCAAAAGAAUCAUCGUGGUCAGAGUGUGACUUAUGUCAAGAAUGUACAACUAGAUUUACAAUUACUAUGCGAAAACACCAUUGCCGGCAUUGUGGACGAGUUUUAUGUUCCAAAUGUUCCAGUAACGAUAUACCCAUUUUGAAGUUUGGUAUCAACAAACCAGUCAGAGUUUGCAGCGUUUGCUUUAAUGUGCUGCAAAGUGGAAUUGGAUCAUUGUCAUAGUUUAAGAAUAACACCAAUACAUUAAUUACUUACUUAAAAUGGUACAUGCACUGCCGUUUAUAAGAAGACAAAAUAAACAAAUUUAAAAGUCA